AUAGAGAAGUAGAGAACCCUCUCACCUCAAAACAUUACAUGCUCCAACAAUGGCAGCUGUCAACAGAGAUGAAUCAGACUACGACAGUAGCUCCUCCAUAACGGUGCCGGACUCCAGCAGGAGUUGGAUGAGCAACCUCAGCUUCGGCAGCCACCGCAGCUCUAUCUCCCUCUGUUCCGCAUCAGAAACCUCUUUUUAUGGCUCUCAGCUCAAGCCACACAAAGCAAACCAGGCCGCUUGGGAAGCCAUGAAGAGGCUCAGGAGAGUGAAAGGGCAAGUGGGGCUGGACCAUUUCCGCCUUCUCCGUAGGCUGGGAAGUGGAGACUUGGGCAACGUUUACCUUUGCCAGAUAAGGAACCCCGUGGUGGGGUUGCCGCAGUGCUUUUAUGCCAUGAAAGUGGUGGACAGAGAAGCACUUGCUAUCAGGAAGAAGCUGCAAAGAGCCGACAUGGAAAAAGAGAUUUUGGGUAUGCUUGAUCAUCCCUUUUUGCCAACUCUGUAUGCAGAGUUUGAAGCUUCCCAUUACUCUUGUUUGGUAAUGGAGUAUUGUCCCGGCGGCGACCUUUACGCUGUUCGGCAACGGCAACUGGGAAAACGCUUCAACAUUUCUUCUGCUAAGUUUUAUGCUGCAGAGAUUCUAAUGGCGUUAGAAUAUCUGCACAUGAUGGGCAUUGUUUACAGAGAUCUAAAGCCAGAGAAUGUUCUGGUGAGAGAAGACGGCCACAUCAUGCUCUCUGAUUUUGAUCUUUCCUUCAAGUGCGAUGUUGUUCCGGAGCUACAGAGGUCUAAACCCAGUUCGGAAGAUAUAGACAACAAGUUUGAGAAAUAUUGUUUGACUCCUUCCUGUGCUACACCAAUGCACCCUGUUCUUUCAUGCUUCUCGUCGAACAAAAAGAGGGUGUCUACUACCACAAUAACAGAGCACGUCGACGGUGGGGAAAUUAAUCCGGAAAUGGUGGCGGAGCCGAUUAAUGCCCGGUCCAAGUCUUUUGUUGGGACCCACGAGUACUUGGCACCGGAGGUGAUCUCCGGGCAAGGCCACGGUAGCGCUGUGGACUGGUGGACACUAGGGGUAUUCCUAUACGAAAUGCUUUACGGGAAAACCCCUUUCAAAGGCGAGAACAACGAAAAAACACUAAUCAACAUCCUCAAACAGCCGCUCACUUUCCCCAGAAUCAGAUUUUCCAGCAUGAAAGAGUUUGAAGAGACGGUCAAAGUCCAAGAUCUCAUCAGCAAGCUCCUAGUGAAGAAUCCUAAGAAGAGAAUUGGGAGUUUAAAAGGUUCUGUUGAAAUCAAGAGGCACGAGUUCUUCAAAGGCGUGAACUGGGCUUUGAUUCGAUCGGUCCGGCCACCGGAGGUUCCCCGUGAUAUUUUCAAGAUGAGGGACAGGAGAGUUUACUUGCAGAAGCUAAGCAAGGAGGAACGAGACGCGCCGUAUCAAAUUCCUCAGCAUUUUGACUAUUUCUGACCGUAAAAAUGUAAAUAGGAUAGGAUAACUUAGUGCAUUGCAUAUUGUAUUACAUAUGUACUGAGAUGGUUUGAUAUGUUAACAAUGGCUUAGUGCAUAUGGGCAUGAGUACUCUUUGUACUCAGUUUAGUAAUAAAUUUAAUUUUGCCUU